CUCCCGUGCACUAUUCUCCUUCCCACGCCGAAACACCUUCUCCUCCUCCUGACCUCGCGACGUCGCCUCCUCUCCUUCGCCGACCCCAAGCCGUUGCCGGUCUUCUUCUCUCUCGAGCCGGAGUUGUUGGUCUUCUUCUCUUUCGAGCCUCAACCGCCGGCCUCCUCUUUCCCGAGCCCUCACGUGACUUCCCUUCCUCGCGAUCUCGCCACGCCGAUCGCCUUCUCGCGCUCUGCCUUCUCUCAGCAUCGUCUCUGCCUGACAUCGCCGGCGCCCGACGUCGCGCCACUCGUCGUCCAUCUCCGAUUCAGCCCUAGCAGCGGUACUCAUCCUGAUCCCCUCCCUCUCCCUCUCGCGGCGUUGUGCCCUAGCAGUAAGUUUGAGAGUUUUGGGACCAGGCAGCGACAGGAAUCUCCAAACUAUAGGAGGAAACAAAAUUUUGUGAAGAAUGCAGAUUGAACCAUCAAAUAUAAAGAAAUGGAAUAUAAUCUAUCCAGUAUACAUUAACUCAAAGAAGACAGUUGCUGAGGGACGAAGAAUCAGUACAGCAAAUGCAUGUGAAAACCCCACAUGUGUUGAGAUUAGUGAUUGCUGCAACUAUCUCAAGAUUCCAUGUGUAAUUGAGAUAGACAAGGCAUAUCCUCGGGACUUCAUGCAAAGAGGGAGGAUUAGAUUCCAGCUGAAAAAGGAAGAUGGAUCUCUCUGGAAUGCCGAGAUUGGUUCAAAAAAGCAACUUAUGCUGAGGGUUGCAGAGUUAAUUCCAAAGCAUCAUGGAAGAACAAAGAAGCAGGAGCCUGCAAACGCCUCGACGGCCGCUGGAUCUUCAAAAUCUGGAAAGGGUGGAAAGAAAAAGAAAUGAUCAUCCAAUUUGAAAAUCUCCCCAAAACAUUGAAAAAGAGUGAUGGUCGAAGAAUUUGCUACUUCAUCCCAAGCUUACUUUAGCUGUUGUCAGUUGAAUUUGUAUUCAUAAAAAGUAAAUCACACAGGCUUCUCUACAUCUAUCCAUCCGACUAUUUAUUUUCCUUUUUCUCAUUGUCCUUUUAUGAUCUAACUGCUUGCAUCAAAAUGUCAUUCCCAAUUUUUCCUUUCCAUAUGAAUACUUAUUGAAGGGAGUGUUUAUCUA